CGGAGCUUACGGCGGAACGUAGUGAUCUUUUCUCGUGCAGCCCGGACACCUUUCACGGUUACACACAGAUGGAGCUCUUCAGCGCGGCUUCUAUUCAAUAAACAGUGUUUCUAUCGGGAAAUCAGUCAGGAGGACGGCGCCGCCAUGGAGCCGCAGGUGAAGCGCCGGAAAGGGUCCGAUUGCGGCGGUUCCGAGUCCUGGGUGGCCGAGCCGGUUCUGUCCGAUGAGCAGUCGGCGGACGUGGAGCUGGUGGCGGUCUACGCCGCGCCGGUCCUGGACAGGAAGCAGACGUCCCGGCUGGUCCGGCAGCUGAACGCCGUCUUCCCGCUGGACGGCCUGCAGCACCUCAAACGGGUUCGGACCGCCCGGGACCAGAACAGCCCCCACCCUCUGGAGGUUCUGCUGUGCCGGAGCGGCGAGGCCGCGGACGCCGCUGAGCUUGGCUCCCUCCUGCCCUCCGACGGGAACAGCUGGGAGGGACUGGGCCGGCCGUUUGUGGUUCUGGUUCCGGCCCGGCCCCCGCUGACCCGGCCUCAGUUCCAGCAGGCCAGCAGCUUCUGGCCCACCUCCUUCCACGAGGACAAGAGGGUGACGGAGGCCCUGAGGGGGGCGCUGUUCAGCCCCCAGCAGAGGGCCGCCAUGACGUCCUUCAUGGUCGCCGCGGUAACCGUCGCCAGGGCGGCCGCCCGGCUGGGCAUGGAGGCGGUGGGCGCCGCGGUGGUCGACCCGGAAACGGAGCGGGUGGUCGCCGUGGGACACGACCUGAGGGGGGAGCACCCGCUGCUGCACGCCGUCAUGGUCUGCAUCGACCUGGUGGCCCAGAGCCAGGGGGGGGGCUGGUACCGGAACCAGAACCGGUACCCGGCCUGCAGCUUCGCCCCCGCCGGGCAGCAGGGCGGCGCCGAGCCGUACAUCUGCACCGGCUACGACCUGUACGUCACCCGGGAGCCCUGCGUCAUGUGCGCCAUGGCGCUGGUCCACUCCCGCAUCGGACGGGUCUUCUACGGUACCGGCUCGGCCCACGGCGCCCUGGGCUCCAGGAUGAAGAUCCACGUCCACAAAGACCUGAACCACCGCUUCCAGGUCUACAGCGGCGUGCUGAGGGGGGAGUGCCAGGCUCUGCAGGGGGACGCUUAGACCAGAACCAGAACUUACGACCUUUUUUAUUCUAAAUAAAGUUUUAGUUUUUA